AUCACGGACAGAACCGAGUCACUGAACUCUUCUUGCUUCUCCAGUAACAGCAUAAAGAAGACCCAGCCUCCCCUCCCUGUGUCGAAGAUCGAUGACAGACUGGAGCAGUACACACAGGCCAUUGAGACAUCCGCAAAGGCUCCAAAACCUGUCCGACAGCCCUCUCUUGACCUUCCCACCACAAGUAUGAUGGUAGCCAGCACGAAAAGCCUCUGGGAGACUGGAGAGGUAGCAGCUCAGUCUGCUGUGAAGUCCACACCCUGUAAGGAUAUCGUGGCUGGAGACAUCGUGAGCAAAAGAAGCCUUUGGGAACAGAAGGGCAAUCCCAAACCUGAGACCAACAUCAAGUCCACUCCUUCUGGCAAGAAGUAUAAAUUUGUCGCAACGGGCCAUGGCCAGUACAAGAAGGUGUUGAUAGAUGAUGCUGCAGAGCAAUAGCGUGCCUGGAGAACUCAUUAAC